GAGGCGGUGGCGGCGGCGGAAGAUGGCUGCGGCUGAGGUGGCGGACACCCAGCUGAUGCUCGGAGUCGGGCUGAUUGAAAAGGACACCAAUGGAGAAGUUCUGUGGGUGUGGUGUUAUCCUUCCACGACAGCUACUCUAAGGAACCUGCUGCUGAGAAAAUGCUGCCUUACAGAUGAAAACAAGCUCCUCCAUCCCUUCGUCUUUGGUCAGUACAGAAGAACAUGGUUUUAUAUCACAACAGUUGAAGUUCCAGAUUCUUCAGUUUUGAAAAAGGUGACUCAUUUUUCUAUUGUUCUGACCGCCAAAGAUUUUAACCCAGAGAAAUAUGCCGCCUUCACUAGGAUAUUGUGUAGAAUAUACCUGAAAUAUGGGAGCCCAGUUAAAAUGAUGGAGAGUUAUAUUGCAGUUCUUACAAAGGGGAUAUGCCAGAGUGAAGAAAAUGGCUCUUUCCUCAGCAAGGACUUUAGUGCUCGAAAGGCAUACCUUGCGGGCUCUGUCAAAGACAUUGUAUCUCAGUUUGGAAUGGAAACUAUUAUCUUACAUACAGCACUGAUGCUCAAGAAAAGAAUUGUCGUCUAUCACCCCAAAAUAGAAGCUGUCCAGGAGUUUACCAGGACUCUGCCUGCCCUGGUGUGGCAUCGACAGGACUGGACCAUACUGCACUCGUACGUGCACCUCAAUGCCGAUGAGCUGGAAGCGCUGCAGAUGUGCACAGGUUACAUUGCUGGAUUUGUAGACCUGGAGGUGAGCAACCGAUCAGACCUCUAUGAUGUGUUUGUGAACCUGGCAGACAGUGAGAUCACCAUUGCUCCGCUUGCGAAAGAGGCCAUGACAAUGGGCAAACUGCACAAAGAAGUUGGCCAGCUAAUUGUUCAGUCUGCAGAAGAUCCAGAGAAAUCUGACAGCCAAGUUAUACAGGAUAUUUCCCUGAAAACAAAAGAAAUCUUUGCCAAUCUGGCACCAUUUUCAGAAGUUUCAGGUGAUGGAGAAAAGCUAGUUCUCAAUUUGGAGGCACUGAAGCAAAGACGAUUUCCACCAGCGACAGAAAACUUUCUUUACCAUCUUGCUGCAGCGGAACAAAUGCUGAAGAUCUGA